GAGCCCCUUGGCUUUUUAUUCAAUUCUGGUUGAGGGGACUAGCCUAUGGCUGCCCGUUCUUUUGGGAGAUUGCAAUUCUGCAGAAAUAAAUUCUAGUAUUCGACUGUCACUCGAUUGUUCGGUACAUUCGGGCGAAGCCAGACGCUUACGCCGACCUGACGUCACACUCAGCCGUCCAUCUUUUUCUUCAGGAUUUUUGGGAUUGGAUGCAAAUGGUCAAGAUCCACAGAACCUGAAGAGCGAGGGCAAGGUCUGAGACAAGCCGCUGCUACCCCACAACAACAGGUUCACUACUAUACUCUAUCUUCUAAAGAAGCAAAGCCAUGUUAUCGAUCCUGGCAAGAAGAUCGGUGGGUCGAGUGGCAAUGGCCCGUGCGGCUUCUUCUUCCGCGGCUGGUACUACCGAUGCUCCCUCGAGUUUUUCUCAUGACAAGAUGGAGACGGACAAGCGCUAUCAGACCAGUCAACCAGUACCCGACAGUCUGUUGCGUGGUGACGACGGUUCGCCCAAUAACUUUUCCAUUCGAGGCCAAUUUCGAGAUGGGCGUGCCGCUUACUUGGAUAUGAGUGCCACAACACCCUUGGAUCCUCGAGUGUUGGAUGCCAUGGCGCCCUUUAUGAUCGGAUCAUUCGGUAAUCCCCAUUCUCGAACACAUGCGUUUGGCUGGGAAUCGGAACGGGUCGUCGAAGAUGCCCGAGAGCAGAUUGCCUCUUUGAUUGGCGCCACUUCGGCCAAGGAAAUUGUCUUUACCAGUGGAGCCACCGAAUCCAACAAUAUGAGCAUCAAGGGUGCCGCUCAUUUUUACAAGAAACGCGGCAAGCACGUGAUCACCACACAAACCGAACACAAAUGCGUCUUGGACUCGUGUCGGUCCUUGGAACAUGAGGGAUACGACGUCACCUAUCUGCCCGUCAUGGAAGCCACCGGACGAGUGGAUAUGGAUCAAUUAAAGGCGGCCAUUCGAGACGACACCAUCCUUAUCAGUGUCAUGGCUGUCAAUAAUGAAAUUGGAACGCUACAGCCCAUUCAGGAGAUUGGAGAAUUAUGUCGAGAACGCAAAAUUGUCUUUCACUGCGAUGCCGCACAAAUGUUGGGAAAACUACCCAUUGAUGUCAAUGAAAUGAAAGUGGACUUGAUGUCCAUGAGUUCUCAUAAAAUCUACGGACCCAAGGGUGUCGGGGCACUCUACGUCAGACGGCGUCCACGUGUGCGCUUGGAACCCAUCUUUAGUGGUGGUGGUCAGGAACGUGGAUUGCGAUCCGGGACAUUGCCUCACUCUCUCUGUGCUGGCAUGGGAGCUGCCUGUGCUCUCGCCGAAAAGGAAAUGGAAUACGAUCAUGAAUGGGUCUCCUAUCUAGCCAACAAACUACAAACUGCCAUUGAAGAACGCAUCCCCGAGGUGGCGCGAAACGGAGAUCCCGACCACAAUUAUCCUGGAUGCCUCAAUUAUUCUUUUGCAUACGUCGAAGGAGAAUCGCUCUUGAUGAGUCUCAAAAAUGUGGCCGUGAGCUCUGGUUCGGCCUGCACUUCGGCAUCGCUGGAACCGAGUUAUGUAUUGCGUGCCUUGGGCGUGGACGAUGAAUUGGCACAUUCCAGCCUGCGAUUUGGACUAGGGAGAUUUACCACUGAAGAAGAAGUCGAUUUUGUUGUGGAAUUGUUGGAGAAGCAUGUAGCCAGGCUUCGUGAAAUGAGCCCUCUCUGGGAAAUGGUACAGGAAGGAAUUGACUUGAAGGAGAUCAAGUGGUCACAAGAUGCUCAUUAAAAAAUAGAUACAAAUCAUGCACUGACGAUAUUUAGUAAUUGAGAAUUUUGUAUAAGCAAAUUGCUAUCGCAACGGUACCGGUAGUGUUGAUCGAGGCGAUGCAACCAACGGGUGUGGACAAGAGAGCACAACGCUACUACCUGGAGAACUAUCGUCAUUUUCACUUAUCACAACACUAUGCAGCAUGCAUUUUCAAAAAAUGGUGCAGCACGCAUUUGACAAGAUUAAGUCUGGGCAACUUGAACUCUCCCAUGACUUUGUUUGCCGUUGGGCCGCAGCUAGAUCUCUCCAUUCAUGGCUUCCAAUCAAGCUGUCCUGCUGCGACGAAGAAGACAACCACUUGCCUGUUGUGCCCGGCCCAAGGUUACGGUACCACUGCUAGAAGCUCCGCUGGUUCAUGGCUCCGGUCACAGCAUCGCAACGAUCAAAAAGCGCAACACCGUAACUUGGGACUGCCACGGUACUGUCCGCUAUUAUCUCAUCGGGUCUUGAAGAAUGUUAGGUGUUGUUCGUGGUGUUUGACUCCCGCAGUGUUCCUGCGAGGAUGGGGGCCCUUCGAUGCUCAUUCCAAGAUCUCAACAGAAAACAAACU